CACAAAGAAAUCAAAUUGGUUUACACUAGCUAGUAAAACCGAUAUUGGAAUAUAUAAGAAAUAAAUAACUUGGCUAUUAAGUAUUGGAAUUCAACUAUUUCAGUAUAUAUACGAAAUAAGCCGAAAGUAUAGGGUAACUGGAACUCAGAAGUGCCGCUGUUGUAAGUUCGAAUAUAAUGUCAACCUGGCCAAUCGCGGGCAACUCAGCCAGUGUUCAAAGGUGCAUGCUAGUUGCGCUAAAACGGCGUACGGUCGACGUGUAAUGCAAUAGAAACCACUAUAAUGCCACUAAACAAGUUUCUCUUUCUUCUUUUUCAGAUAGAAACGUUGACGUGGCAUCACUGGAACAAGAGGAAGACCGGCUAUCUAGACUUGUUAUAAACGAUGAUAAUUAGCUUGUAACCCGGUUAAUUCAAGUCUUUUCCUCGCCGUCUUUGUCUCCUUCCUUGGUCAGUUGUGACUGAGGUCUGUGUGUGUUAUAGAUGCACCUGACUACCAGGACUCCUAUGGAUUCAUUUACAUCAAAGGAGGCGGUAUUAUCCAAUUUAUCAACUUCUUCUCAAAUCACCGAUGAGAAUUCUAACAGUGAAUCAAUGAAUGGUACUCAUCUAACAUGGAAUAAUAGUCAAAUUCGUCAAGCAUUAAGCGAAUUAAAAACAACGGGAAAAACAGAACAGUCUAAAUCACAAACAAGAUGGGCAGAAAUACUGCAUGAAUUCGAUCAACCAGAAUCAGACUCACUCACCAAUAUUGAUAAUUCAAGUCGAUCAUUGGUAGAUCAAAGUUUACUGAUAAGCAGUGAUACAUCUAGUCGUCAUUCUAGUACCGUUGAUCCAGAGAAACUAGGAGAAACUGGACAUAAAACUGCGGAUUCACCACAUAUACCAAUUGAAGCAUUAAGUAAACAUCUUGAUAGUCGCUUAUCAUCUAUGAUGUCUGAAUUAAAUUGGUCUCAUAAUGAAUUACUGUACAAAUUUGCUCAACUUGAAUGUAAACUUGAUCAAAUGAAUAAACUGUUAGUACAAAUGAAGGAGGAACAUGAUCUGCUGCGAUUGACAUUGAUGACUAGACAUAGGCGUUUUUAAAGAUAUUUUUUUCAUAACCGUUUUGUUUAUUUUUCCACCCCCGUCUUUCUUUCUCUCUCUCUCUCUCUUUCUGCUGUCACCAUUUUUGUUAUUCAAAGUUAUUAUGUACACCCUUCUGAUUUUGCAUUUUAUCUUACACAUACACGCAUUUGGGCAUUUUGUCUAGUGUAAGAAAAAAUUUUUUGAAUACAAUGUUAGCGUUUAGGGAUUCUCACAAUAUUCAUGAGUCAUUUGUUUUUUGUU